AUGGCAAGGAUACUAUUCAUCCUCGCGAAAAUCAUGCUUCUUACAAUACUGGUAUUAAUUCUCUUACAAGGUGUCUUGACGUCCGAUGCCUUGGUCAAAUCAGAGGGCGGCCCUGGAAGUCUCUCGGGCUCCAGCCGGGUCUUUGGUCCUGGGAGAUCCGGGGGUGUACGCUCGUCUGAGGCAGCGAAGUCAAAGUCCAGACCCAAGCGCUGCACCUGUUACACCUACAAGGAUAAAGAGUGCGUCUACUACUGCCACCUGGAUAUCAUCUGGAUCAAUACUCCCGAACGCACUGUGCCCUAUGGAAUGUCGAGCUACCGAGGCCCUCAGCGAAUCAGACGUGCUGUUGUUGGACAACCAACUGACCCUGAGGAGGCAAAGACUCAGCGCUGCAUCUGUGCUGUGCUUGACACAGACCCUGAGUGCCAUGUUUUUUGUCUGUCAAGCCCUCUGCAGACAGUGCCUUCCAAGAGUCUCCACAGAAUCCCUGGCCCUGGAUGACAGUUUGACGCCUCUCCAUCUUCUGCUCUUCUUCUUGGUAGAAUGGACCCUUGACUCCUGUUCGGCCACUUCACUCUCCAUUUGACACUUUUGCCGCCACAUGUACACUGACAGUCAAGGAAAGAAGUUUGGGGCAAUUUCCAUUAGACCGAGUGGUUUCAAGAACUCUUCAGCAUAUUCAGUAGAGAUCCCUGAUGGCUAUCCCCUUUUUGUUCCCUCCCGAGAGCAGUAUGAGGAUUACUUGCAUCAUAACGCAACAUAAUACAAAAGCCAAUGAUCCGGCUUCUGUCAAGUUUGAUCAGACAAACCCUUUGUAUUCACACCUGUUGUGGACUACACUUGACUCUAUAAAUCUGUUUCAAAACAAUGAGAUAAGCUUGUAUCAACCUAUAAGAGACACGUACUACUUCUGCAAAAAUGUUUGAAAGCAAAAAGUGCCAUGAGAAGCCAAGGAAAGUAGAGACAGGGCAUGCUUUUGUGAUAUCUUGUCUUUAAAAAUAUAAAAACAUGCGUACAAAAAAAGGGAACAGCUUUAGACCACCUGCGUUCAGGCGUGUACUAUUGAGUUUUGGUUUAUGAUAUGCAUGUUUUGUUCAUAUCAGUUUUUUCAGCAAUAAUAUAUCAUCUUUGUUCUGUGCAGCUGUAAUAUCAGGGAUAUUCGUGGUGCUUUUACCAUCCCCUGGCUAACACUGACAUUCAGCUGACAACAUUUAGCUGGGGUGAAAUUUAUAUUUAACCAUCUACUGCUAAGUCUAGCAUCUAUUAAAAGGUGCUACAUGUAA